UCGGUUUUAUUUCACACUAUUCCUUGUUCGGCGUUUCGUUCUUGGCCGCUUAUUAUUUCAUUUCGGUAACAAUUAUGAUACACCUAGAGUCGCAAAGCCAAAGUCGGAACAAAGGCAAAGUCAUCGUCCACUUCAUCGCGUGCUAAAGCAUUUUCUCGUACAACCUUUAGACAUUUCGUGCUUAAGAUAAAAACGUCCACUUCCGUCCGACUUACGUCUAAGUCUGCAAGGUACUUUCAUCAUCAGUUUCGGUCACAAUCUAGCUUGAAUGACGUGCCCACUGAGAAACUACACCAGGUUAAGCAGUUGUACACUCCUCUUCAUUAUUCACUCCCUUUACGAGAAAUAAUCCAUGCAGUUUCAUCUGCGUUAGUGACCUAUGGACGACUCGCAGGGACCACCGUAGCAGCAGCAGCAGGUGUUGCACGUCCCUCCGUAGCUUCGAUUUUUAAGGGACGGAAAUAAUAUUGCUAAAGCACUUAAUUUCCACAUACACGGCUGCUAGUUAACUGAUCGAAUCGCCACCGAAACAUGAUGCAGCGGGCCGCUUGGCUAGUCCUGUCGGCGGUGCUGAGACAGGAGAUUUGGUAUCAAAUGCAAAUGUGUCUGGGCGGGGACACUUGUGAUGCAAGCCAGAGAUGAAUAAUGCGUGCACUGUACCAGCACGUGGCCAAGCAUGGCAAGUUUUUGAGGUGCUAUGUGUUGCGUAUUUUGCAUGUUGGCAGACUACGGUUUUAUACCCUCGACAAGACGAUUUUUUUGCACCUACGCACGACAGAGUCCUGAGUGGUGUAUAAAGACAGGGAAGAUGACCACGAGUCUUGGAAUCCACCUCCAGACAACCAGACAUAUUGGCAAUGCAUACUGGGCCUGAGGACGCGGUUCUUCUUGUUUCUGCUCAAGACACAACUACUACGACCACUACUACGACCACUAGUACGACUACUACCACUAGUACGACGACCAGCACUACCACGACAACUACUUGCGAUGGUGCAUGCCCGAGUACGACUACUACGACCACUACUACGACGACUGGCGAUGCGUCGAGCGCCACGUAUCCUGGGUGUUUCACACGGUCCUACUUUUUUUUAUGGAUCUCCGCUGUUCAUCUGCCCUUGCAUAGUACACGAAGGUGGAGACAAAUAAACUCCAGCUGGAUAUAGAAAGCAAGUGUGCAGCCGGUAGGCCUGUAGCAAGGACGAAUCUACUUAAAUUCGGCAGGCCUGCUCGGAAAAGGCAAGGUCAAGGUUGUCAAGCAAGCCUGUGCGCGACAAAAAGCGCAGCGCGUUGUUCUAGGCAAAAAAAAGGAAGUGACAUAUUGCUAGAGCGGAAGCUGUUUUGUAAAGCGGGACCAGUAGUGUUACACUUCCAUACUCUCGUCUCCACCACGACCACGACUGAGCAAGAAGAUUGGACGACUGUGUACGUGGUCGUCGCGCUCUUCAUCCUAUCAACUGUAAAAAUGUCUGGGUCUGGAAAAAUUCAUGUUUGUCAUGCUUGUCUGGCAUGACUCUUAAAUCUGUCAUGCACGUUACCCAAGAGCCCCGUUUUUCUGUGAUGCAAAAGCGCAGUUUGUCAUGCAGAAUAGGCAACACCUGGGAGCUGAGAAACUUCUCAUGCUGAGUCAGCAUUUGCACCCUAGCAUGAGACGCCACCCAGCAUCACAAGUUCCCAGACCCAGACAUUUUUACUUUUGAUACAUCCUCAUCCUGUUCGGAUUGGCGUUUUAUUACCUGAACUACCGGGCCG